AUGCCAGAGAGCUACAAAUAACCCAAGCUUACAUAACAUUUCACUACUACUACUACUACUGCAAAACUCCACAAGACCACAACCAAAAAACCAUCACUAUACUACAACUGCAACCGGAGUUCAACAUACUAAACAGAAUAUACCAAGUUUCCGGUGUAAAAUGGCAACCCUUCAAGUAGUUUCAAAUCUCUUGUGUUCUUCUCACUCUUCAUCCACUGUUUCACAGUCACGAAAAGGUGUUCAGGCUGCAAUUCAUUUUCCAAAACUGAAUAAUAUCAGAAAACCUUAUGAUCUUAACCUUCCCAGCUUAACAACUAAAGCUUCAGAACCCAUGACAAACAUUACCCAACAAAUCAUGAAAACCUUUAUUAAUAGCCCUGGACAUGGCGCCAGUCCAACUCUUAGUCCCACUCUUAGUCCGACGACGUUGGCCGGAGAGCUUUAUAUGAUUAUGGAAGCUAUUGCUGAGAGAAUUGAGAUGCAUCAAAAUAUAGGAGACCAAAGAAACAACUGGAAUACACUUCUUCUCAACUCAAUCAAUGCUAUAACUAUUGCUGCCGCAACCAUGACAGGACUCGGAUCGACUGGUGUAGUUGGAUCUUCGUCAUCUCUUUUGGCUCUCCAGGUUACAUCUACUCUAUUGUAUACAGCAGCAACAGGGAUGUUGGUGGUUAUGAACACAAUCCAACCUUCACAACUUGCUGAAGAACAAAGAAACGCUACAAGAUUGUUCAGACAACUUCACGAACAGAUCAAAACUAAACUUUCUCUUAGUCGUACUCCUAUUACUCAAAGGGAUGUAAACCAAGCGAUGAAGAAGGUCUUGGCACUUGAUAAAGCCUACCCACUUCCACUUCUCGGAGGUGUAAUGAUCGAAAAGUUCCCAAAGAACGUCGAGCCAGCAAACUGGUGGCCAGAACAAAGUCCAAAAGAACAAACACAAGUCAGUAAUAACGGUAAAGCAGGACAUAAUGGUUGGAGUAGCAAGCUUGAGAAAGAAAUGAGAGGCAUAGUUGAACUGUUGAGAACAAGGGAUACUGAAGAAUACAUAAGACUAAGCAACAUGAUGCUGAAAAUCAACAAGACUCUAGCGAUUGCUGGUCCAUUGCUAACAGGACUUGGUGCUUUAGGUGCAGCUUUUGCUGGAUCACCAUCUAAUGGGUCAGUUGCUGUGUUGGUUGGUGUCACUGCUGGAGCAAUGGCAACCGUCGUAAACACAAUGGAACACGGUGGACAAAUCGGAAUGAUUUUCGAAAUGUAUCGAGCUUCUGCCGGUUCAUUUCAAUUACUAGAAGAGACAAUAGAGUCUACGUUAGAAGAGCCACAUGUGGAAAAGAGAGAGCAUGGAAAAUUGUUUGAAAUGAAGGUGGCUUUGCAGUUAGGCAGAAGCUUAUCUGACCUCAGAAACUUUUCCGGAUCAUUAUCACCAUCAAGGCCAGUAACUAAGGAAUUUGCUAGCAAGCUUUUCUAGGGAUUCCUGCAAGUUGGGUUCCUCGUUCAUAUUGUGCAGCAUAGUUCUAGUUUACGUACAGUGACACAAUUAAUUCAAAUUUAACUUAAGUUUAUUUUUCAUUUCUUGUAUUCAAAUUUCAAACUUGAAAUUGCAUUUUUUUUCAAUUCAUUAAUGUGAUUAAAAAUAUUGGUUUCAGUCAA